GCUCGAAUUGCACCCGAGAUUGUGCAUACGCAACACAAGUUGCAGAAGGUCACCAAUGCACCCAAACACAUUCUCUCUAUACACACACGAGCACCACACCACGCUAACACCGAUGCUCAGAUGAAGAUGUGGAGACACCGUUCGUUCAAUGCUCUCUCAUCCUCUCUCUCUUCCGAUUCUUCAACAUCAAAGCUUAAUACAUUUAGAACACUCCUCACACUCUCAAACCCUAGCACUCUCCUCCAAAACCCCCCACCAAAUCGCCCUGUUGCAUUCUAUCUCCCUAAAACCCUAAACUUCGGCCAAUUCCAUCGUUUUUCGAACCUCAACUCACGAAGCGGUUUCAUUUUUGGCUCUGAUUCGAGCUUCGUCGUCGCGAAAUGCAUUUCAACGAUUUCGUCGGCAAAUACAGUGGAUUGGAACGAGCCUGUUUCGUGCUCGGAGGUUGGGGAUGGGAGCAAUGGAGGGGUGAGUGAGGAGGAUAUUAGGGCUUCUAUUCCAGUUAGGGCUUACUUCUUCUCUACCAGUGUGGAUUUGAGAAGCUUGGUGGAACAGAACAGACUCUACUUCAUCCCGCCUACUUCCCGCAUGACUAACUACGUUGUUCUAAGAUUUGGCAUUAUUAAUUCUGAGCCGAAUGGUUUGGGUGCCAGCUUAAGUGGAAAUGAUUGCUGUUAUAUGGUAGUUUUUCAGUAUGGCUCAAUUGUCUUAUUUAAUGUUCCCGAUCAUGAAGUCGAUGGAUAUCUGAAAAUUGUAGAGAAGUAUGCUUCAGCAUUGCUACCCGAGAUGAGAAAGGAUGAGUAUGAGGUGAGAGAGAAGCCAACAUUAGACACAUGGAUGCAAGGUGGAUUAGAUUACAUAACGUUGCAGUACUUAAAUAUUGAUGGAAUUCGUACCAUUGGCAGUGUUCUUGGGCAGAGUAUUGCUCUUGAUUACUAUGUACGCCAGGUUGACGGAAUGGUUGCAGAAUUCACUGACAUUAAUCGUGGGAUGGAGAAGACGGGAACCUUUACAAUGGAAAGGAAAAAACUUUUUCAGUUAGUGGGGAAGGCAAAUUCUAAUUUAGCUGAUGUGAUUCUUAAGCUUGGACUUUUUGAAAGAUCAGACAUUGCCUGGAAGGAUGCCAAAUACGCUCAGAUUUGGGAAUAUCUUAGAGAUGAAUUUGAAUUGACCCAAAGAUUUCAAAGUCUUGAUUUCAAGUUGAAAUUUGUGGAGCACAAUAUUCGCUUUCUUCAGGAGAUUCUUCAAAAUAGGAAAUCAGAUUUUCUGGAAUGGCUCAUUAUUAUAUUGAUAGGCGCUGAAAUUCUCAUAUCUGUUUAUGACAUUGCCCAUAAGUCUGCCAUUACUUCUCUAUAGCCUGGCUUCCAGUGUUGCUUGAGAUUGGAACCAAGUUCAGUUUUGAUUUAGGAUAGACUUGCUGUAUGUAUUUGCCCUCCAAUUAGUUUUCUAUAUGCAGCUUAUCUUGCACUCCUCAUUUAUCCUUUCAAAUUGUGAUUUGGAGUGUCUUUUAGAAUUUGGUGAUGAUUGCAAUUCUACAAUAGUAUCUUUCUGAAUCUGUAAAGUUUUGACUUGUUAUACAGUAACUGUACCGAUUCCAUUUGAAUAGAAAUAAAACACAUGAUCUUGUGUGAAAUCCUUAGUAAUGUUGGGAAUUAUGCAUCACAUCAAUUAUUUUUCUUGCUAUAGUGUAUUUUUCAAGGUGUCUUGAUACGCUCAUUUGGAAUAA